AUUUUUCCCCUCUUUAAUACAAAUUCUACAAGAAUGUUUAAAAAUUACUUUUAAUAGCUAAGUUUUAAUUAAAAAAUCGAAUGUUAUCGCCUUGUAAAAGUAAGUAGAAAAAGAAGUUUAAUAAAUUGUAUAGGAGACUUCUGACCAAUACGCGUGUAGGAACUUAUCUUUCUAUCUGUCUGCCAUCUGUCAUUCGUUGAAUUCAGUCAACGACUCGAGUCUAAACGAGUGGUGGAGUGUGUUGGUUUUAUGAUUUAUAUAAAAAUAUAUUAAUAACAAGUUAGAUUUAUUUAUGUUGAUAUUUUGAUGGUGAAGUGUUAGUUAUCAAGACUUAAUUGGUUAAUGAACUGGAUUUUAGGAUUAGAAAAUUACAUUUAAGGUCUUAAGUCAGUAAUUGCGAUGUUUGGAAAGUCUGCUUUUGGAACCGGCGCCCCUACGACAUCAUUUGGAUUUGGAACAUCUACUGCAUCUACACCAAACCCCUUUGGAACAGGCCAAUUAUUUGGUAAACCUGCAGGUGGAUUUGGAAGCCCUUCAACUUCUGCAUUUGGACAACCUGCAACCACGUCACUUUUUCCAUCAAGUCAAGCCCAACCAAAUAACUUAUUUCAAAAUGCAGGUACUGGUUUUGGAACACCCGCUUCCACACCUUCUACAGGAUUUGGAACUGCUACCCUUUUUGGACAACAACAACAGCCUGCUGCUGGAGGUCUUUUUAACACUUCUUCCACAUUUGGUCAACAAAAUAAACCAGCAGCAUUUGGUUUUGGAUCUCAACCUGCACAACCAACUCUAUUUGGCCAACAAGCAGCUCAACCACAAACAUCUGGCAUAUUUCAGCCUUCAACAAGUAAUUUAUUUGGCACAUCUUCUGCAUUUGGACAACAAGCUACUGGAACUGGAGGUGUGAAAUUCAAUGCUGUAACAGGAACUGAUACAAUGCUAAAAAAUGGUGUUUCCAAUAGUAUUAACACUAAACUUCACAGUAUAACUUGUAUGAAGGAUUAUGAGAGUAAAUCUUUUGAAGAAUUGAGAUAUGAAGAUUAUGCCGCAAACAGAAAAGGACCUCAACAGCAAAGUGGAUUUGGUGCAACGCCAUUUGGAAAUCAAGUCUCGUCCGCCCCGUCGCUUUUUGGACAACCUGAUGCUUCUAAGCCAGCAUUUACUGGGUUUGGUCAGAGUACAACAACAUUUGGACAAAACACUGGAUUUGGAAUGCCAACUCAGCAACAGCAAACUGGAGGACUUUUUGGAAAACCGGCAACAGCAUUUGCAACCCCUACAAGUACAUCGUCUAUGAAUUUUGGAUUUGGAAGCAAUACACAAACAAACAAUCCAUUUGGAGCAGCACAACAACCAAAGGCGUUUGGUAGUGUAACACCAUCUAUUUUUGGUACAAACACGGCAACUACACAGCAAUCUGGAUUUAAUACUGGAGGAGGUCUUUUUGGUCAAACAAACACACAGAAUACAGCUGGAUCGAUUUUUGGAAAACCGGCUCAGCCUACAGUAGGAUUUGGAAAUGCGCCAAAUGCCAAUUUCUCAUUUUCUACACCUGCAUCAACACAGGCAUCUAGCCUGUUUCAACCAAAUAAGCCAAUUUUUGGACAAACGUCGACUACACCUGCUUUUGGACAAACCACCAAUACUUUUGGCACAAACACAUUCGGUUCCACCCUUGGUAAACCAGCAGCGCCUGCUUUUGGGACUACACAAACUCCCGCAUUUGGUAACGCCCUUGGUACUGGCUUACAACCUCAACCUGCCCCACUUUUUGGAAACAAUACUGUCAAACCUGGAGGAUUUUUCAAUAAUACUGGUACAACAGGAUUAGGAAAUUUUCAGAGUAAUACUUUCCCAACAAAUACUGGAUUUAAUAUCCAGCCACAAGCUGCUCAACAGUCGUUGUUUCCUUCUUCCGAACAACAAACCUCUACAAACCUUGCCUUAUUGACAGCAGAUCCCUUUGGUGAUGCUCCUCAUCUCGCUGGUUUGGAGCCAAAAUUGAAAAGCAGUCCUGCUGCAAUAUCAGCUACCGACCCAAAAGAAUUGAAGUCCUUAUUGGACGCUUCUAACAAAGUGGCUUCUUCCACUGGUUCCAAAUUAAGAGUUGUGCCUAUAAGAAGUAUCAAGGAUAGCCUUUUUGAUGCAGCAACUCCUACUGUUAACGAGGACAGCAAAGAUUAUAUUAAAACAAACUGCAGAAAACUAGUAUUAAAAAGUCGUCCAAGUAGUGGUGAAAGUAAUUCCCCUGCUUUUCAAAGGAUGGAUAUAUUGAAACACAUUGAUUCGCCCGAAACACCAAUAAACGAUGAAAACGUAAACAUUCAAAAUAUAAGAAAUAAUAUUAGUUUACAAAAUGAGAUAAGACCUACUGUUAAACUUAACUUUGAAAAUACUCUAAAUAAUGACAGUAGUUUGCCGGUCGGAUCGCAAACUUUCAUUUUAGAUAAUUCUGUUAGAAAUAGUUCACAUGAAAAUAUACAAAAGAAUAAUCGAAUACCAGUAGAAGUCGAAAUUGAAUCAACGGAAUCUGGGGGUUCCGGAGAUUGUGUAAAAGGCUACCCUUGUAAUAUAGUUUGUACUAGACCAGAGUAUUAUACCUUACCGCCUCCAGAAGAGUUGAUGAAGUACGUUGAUGAAGAUGGACGAUGCAUAGUAAAAGGUUUCACAAUUGGACGGAAAGGCUAUGGAAAUGUUUAUUUUCCGGAAGAAAUGGAUGUUUCGGGGCUAAAUUUAGAUGAGUUUGUUCAUUUUAGGUACAGAGAGAUAAAUAUUUACCCAGACGAUGACAAAAAACCACCUAUAGGACAGGGUCUAAAUCGAAAAGCUCAAGUAACUUUAGAUAAUGUCUAUCCAAAAAGACCAGGUAGCAACACGCUGGUUAAAGAUAUCAAUGAACUUCAACUAAUGAACUUUUCUGAAAAACUUCGUAAAAUAACAGAAAAUAAAGAUGCGAAAUUUGUCGAUUACCGACCAGAAACUGGAUCGUGGGUUUUCAAAGUAGAACAUUUUUCUCGAUAUGGUUACGAUGAAAGCGAUGACGAGGCGGCACCAUUAAAUAAAGAAGCUGCUGAAAAAAAAGCAGCAGAAAAAGCUGCCAAAGCCGUUAUUGCUCCUAUUCCUAAAUCAGUGGAAAAACAAGUUGAAAAAGAAACUGUUGAAAAAACAACACCAACUAAAUCUCAGGUUUCAAAGUUCGGCCUUGAUGAUGAUAUUUUUGUUGAAGAAGGUGCACAUUUUCAACCAGAGGACGAUUUAAUAGAAACAGCUAUGUAUGUAGACAAUAUCUCGGAAGAAGAUUACCACGUAAUACCCACGGAUAUUCCUUUACAUUUAACACACGAUCAAUUCACUUCUUGCAAAAAUAUACAAGUUAUGAAGUCUACUUUAUUCGCUGAGGAUGACAGAUCAUCUGAUGGUGGUGGUAGUCAUAUUUCCAUAAUAAGACAAUAUUUGGAUAUUCCAGAAGAAAUUCGUAGACUUCCUGUAUUAAGAGAAGAAUGUCCGCCUAAGAAGAGAAUUAUGUUGAGGCCUAAAGUUGAAAAAGUUUAUAAUUUUGCUAAAAAGGAGGGUAGUAAUGACCUAAUGCAGUUAAGAAGUUACCAAGACAUGGGUAUAUUUAGGGGGAAAUCAUAUAAAGUAGGAUGGUCAAAAGGUUUCAACUUUUAUAAUGUGGUUGCCAAACCAGAAGGUGGUAUCCAAUUAAUUUUCAAUGAUAUUAAAUGUGGCUCCAUAAAGGAGUUUGAAGCUAUUGAUGAAAUUUUAGGUAAAUCGUUGGAAAUUGUUUUGGAGGAAAGCAGCUAUGAAUUAGAUAGCAAUAAUAUACCAACAUUUACAAUUACAAAAAAUCAUACAUAUUUAAAAAAGCAGUCCAAAUUAUUUUCAACUUUACUAGAAAGACAUAACACUAAAGAAGCUAAAUAUUUACAUAGUAUAUGGACUUUAGCGGAUUCGCUUUGGGGACCCAGUGAAAAUACAGUUUCUAACCGAAGAUAUCUUCUUAGUGAAUGGUUAAGAAUGAAUACAAAUUAUGCUGAACCUAGUGAAGAACCAGUACAGGAAAUCUUUAAUAAUCUUUCCGUCUUCAAAAUAAAUGAAGCAGCAAAUUUAGCUAUAGAUAAAAGACUUCCGAAUUUGUCAUUAAUACUGUCUCAAUUGAGUUUAACCAACAGAACAAAAAUGUUCCUUCAAGAACAGAUAGAAAGUUGGUAUCAAUCUAUGAGUUCUAAUCACAUCACCGAAGAUAUGAAAAAAAUAUAUCUACUUCUUUCUGGAAUUCCUGUCAAAGACGAAGUAAAUAUUUUUGAGAAUAUUGACUGGAAACGAGCCUUUGGAAUGCACAUGUGGUAUGUUUCUCCAUCGGGAGCUCCAAUUGAAAUGGUAAUAGAGUUAUAUAAAAAAGCAUUCGAGGAGUACAAUUAUGCAGAAUUGCCAAAUCCACCUUAUGAAUAUAAUUAUGCUGAAGAUAAUUCCUUUGAUCUGUUGUAUCACAUAUUGGUACUAUAUCAAUCAAGAGCACAUCGUUUGAGUACUGUUUUGAAUUCAGGAACUCAUACAGAUAAUCACCUAGAUUACUGGUUAAGUUGGUUACUUCUUCAGCUGUUCCUCUCGUUAGAUGUAGGCAUAAUGGAUGACGCUGAAAAAAAUAAACUCUGCAGUAGUUUCUCCAAUCAGUUGGAAUCUCUAGGGGAAUGGGAAUGGGCAAUAUUAGUGUUACUACAUCUCAAAGACAAUGCAUUGAAAAAAACACUUGUCAUGCAAAUUUUAGAUCGGAAUCUUUCUCCGGAUGUCGAUAAAGAAGGAAUUAAAUCAGAAAAUAAUUUAGUUAAUAAUAUGCAUAUACCACCAGAAUGGAUACAUCGUGUGAAGGGCGAAAAAACCUUUUUGUGUCAAAGAUAUUUUGAAGCAUUUAAUCAUUUUGCUUAUGCCAAAGAUUAUUGUAAAGCAAAUGACAUUCUUGUAGCACAUUUACUUCCCUCGUUAUUCAUUAACGAACAAUACGACAUUAUAAAAAUCUUAAUUAGAGAGAUUGAAGAUGGAUCAACGGACAUUGAGCACUGGAAUAGUGAAGCUGGUCUCUUUAAAGAUUUUAUAGAACUUCAAGAAAGAUAUGUUUCUGCUAGCGAUAAUUUGAAAUUACAGAUGAAUUUACAGAAUAUUAGUAACAGAAUAGCCAAUUUUGUACCUAAAACAAAUCACCAAAAGCUCUGUAUUGCCGAAAUGUCAAAAAGAUGUGCUUCAGUAUAUAAAGAAUUUUGCAAGAAAUCUCAAUCGAAUCUUUUCAGAAAUUCCUAUCUAGAAUUUAUAGAAAGUUUAAAUAUGCCGCCAGAAUUUAAACAGAAUGAGGCUUUAUAUUCAAUUAACGAAAUAGGGGCUAAGUGUUAAUUUUAAUUUUGUUGGUGUGUUAAAACAAAAAAAAACGAUUUUUUUUAAAUUUUAUAUGAAAAGAGUGAAUAGCCAAUAGUGCCAUAAAUUUCAUAUGACCGCAGAACUUGCAAUAAAUAUUUUAAAAUGUAAAAAUCAACUUAAUAUACUUAUAUUUGGAAACUAUUAUCUCCAGUUAUAUUAUUUUAUUGAAUUGUAAGGUUGUUAUCAGCCUAAAAGUUUUGUAUAUUAUUGUACCCAUUAAGCACACACAUUUUACCUCCAAGCAUUUCUGAAAAUAUAAAAAAAAAAUAGAAACAAAAAUUUCUUAGCUGUUUUUCUCUGAUGUUCAGAAAAGCGUCACCCUAAUACUGAAGGAGUGUAAUCUCUGCGACAAAAUUACCCAGGGGUUGGGAUUUUAGACCCUUGCAUAGACUGACAUCUAUAUAACCUGACUUAAUGUUUACAGUUUGUUUAGUACAUUGACAUAAAGUACCUAGGCUGCGCGUUGCAGUUCUUGCAUCUCUUCCCGUUCCUCCAGUGCGAAAGAGAAAAAAAUGCGGGACACAUAUUUUUUAUUUUUAGUUAUCAAUUUAUAUUUUUUUAAAUAAUUUGAAAAUGUAGAUAAAUAUACCAGGUAAUUAUAUCUAUAAUUAUCUUCUAGAAUAUAAUUCAUAUCGCGUACAUGGUAAUAAAUACUUAAUAUAUACUUAAUAAUAAGUUCAAUUGCCUUUUAUUAUAUUUUUAAAGAUACUGACAUUUAUUAUUUUCAAGAUUUACGUACAGAUUUAAUAAUAUCUAAUAAAAGUAAUAUUGAUUAAUAUUAAAUUUAUAAAAAAAAAUCAGUAAAAGAAUUGAACCCCGAUUAUCCACGUCCGAAAGCAAAGACAAUACCCGUCGUUACCUCUCUCUGUUACGUUAAACAUUACUCCUCACUUGAUGGUAAUGUGAUAGAUAAACCCCAACCAUUAGAAAGAGAUGCAUGGACUGCUCGCAUCUUUUUCUCUGUCGCAUUGAGGGAACGGUUUUAGAUUACAACGUGCAGUCUACGUAUUAUAUGUCUUUGGUUUAAUAACAAUUUGAACACAAUUUAUUUAUAGACGUAUAAACGUUUAUAUUGAUAACAAUAAUGAUAUGGACGUCAAAUUUACGAUUUGCAAAACUGAAAUUCUGAACUGACUGAAAUUCCAACCAUCGGAAUUUAAGGGUAAAAUCCACAACCUACUUUAAUCAGAUUUUUUUGAUGACUCGUUAUUUUGUGUGCUAGCAAUCUGUAUUGCUCAAAGAAGAUUUUUAUUGCUCUUUGCGUAUACUAAUAUCUAUUUGUUCGUUAAUAAUCAAUUUAGUAUUUUUAAGGCGGCUAUUUUUCAAAAAUUUUCGUAAGUAUAAUUAUUAUUUUAUUUUUUGGGUUGUUUACAUGACAUUUAAAAAUUAUGGUUGAAUUAAUGUUUUUCUACAAUUAAAUGAUUGGCCUAUAUGGUUUACCCAACAACAAAAACAUAAAAAAGCUUACACUCGAAAUAUUUGAAAUUAAUUACCUUAAAAUAUUUACGAUAUCUAAGUAGGCAAAAAAGCAAUAUAACCUUCUCUUAGGAAUACAGAUUAUUAGCGCAUAUAAAUAUUUGAUUUACAACUGUCAUUCUUCUGGGGAAACUGAUAUUUCAACUAAAUAUGAAAAUUGAUUAUAUUCUGUGAAAAUUAUGAACAGUGUUGUGUUUUAUAGUAGGUAUAUUAUUGAACAUGGAUUUACAUCAAGUAGUCCCCCAUUCAAUAAAGAAUAGUGGUAUCAUUCCGUUUGGAGCCAUUUAAGUAUUAUGUAAGCAGAUUUAUUAAAAUUAUUUGCCCCUAUCCCCCCAGUCAGCAAAAGUAAGCAAAUCUGUACUGAUCGAGCCAUUCAACAUCCUGGGGCUCUAAAUUUUGAAUAAUUCAUGUCAGUUCAUUAGCACGACUA